AUGAAUAAUGAAGAAUACAAGAAGAAGUAUCAGCAGCAACUACAGACAGGAAGAAGAAUAGAGGAGCACGAGGAGCCAAAAAAAGGAGCCUUGGAUACAGCAGAUAUUGAGCAAACUGUACAAACUCUUAUUCAGAAUCUUGAAGAGAAGGCGAGAGAAGUUCAAGAAAAAGAGAAUGAAAAGGAGAGAGAAGCACAAGUUUAUUAUCAGCAAAUGGAGCAGAAGGAAAGAGAAGAAGCAGAAAAAGAUCAAGAAAUAAAAAGAUAUAGUCAACAGCUACAAGAGAAGGAUAGGGAGGAGGCAGAGAGAGAGGAAAGAUAUCAUAACCAGUUACAAGAGAAGGAUAGGGAGCUACAGGAAAAGCAUAGGGAGCUACAGGAGAAGGAUAGGGAGCUACAGGAGAAGGAUGUGGAGCAUCAGGUGGUACUGCUGGAGCUACAGGAGGCACUACAACAAAAGGAUAUCGUGAUACUUGAGAAAGAUAAGGAGCUACAGGUCAAGGAUAGGGAGGUAAGGAAGAGGCAUAAAAAGCUAAAGGAAAAGAAUAGGGAGCUGGAGGCACUACAGGAGGAUAUGCUUCAGCUAGGGGUGCUACAGGAGAAGGAUAGGGAGCUACAGGAGAAAGACAGAGAGCUACAGGAGAAAGAUAGAGAGCUACAGGAGAAAGAUAGGGAGCAUCAGGUGGCACUGCAGGAGAAGGAUAGGGAGCUAUGUCAGUCUCAAGAGGCAGUUCGUAGGUACCAGCAACAAGCACUUACUGAUGAUCACUGGGUUAUUGAUAAAGAUGAAGUGAUUUUGACAGAAGAGGAGUUAGGACGAGGAUCUUAUGGCGCCGUUACAGUUGGUAUUUUUAGAGGUUUAAGAGUAGCUGUCAAGUCACUUCAUAAUAUCAUCAUCUCAAAAUAUAAUCUAGGUAUCUUCUCCAGGGAAAUGAGUAUAGCAUCACGAGUACGUCAUCCUAACCUGGUCCAGUUUAUUGGUGCAACUAAAGUGGGUAAUCUUCUCAUCUUGACGGAGCUGAUGAGCACUAGUCUUAAUCAGGAGAUUCGAAAGAAUGAGUUAGCAAAGCAGCAGAUUAUCAGUAUUGCUCAAGAUGUAGCUUUAGGCCUCAACUACCUUCACCUGUUUAAGCCUCAUCCUAUUAUUCACAGAGAUGUGAGCAGUCCUAACAUAUUAUUAAAGCCUUCCACUGGAGCUGCUGGUUAUGAAGCUAAAGUAGCAGAUUAUGGUACAGCUAAAGUAGUGCAAGCUGAAAGUACUGGUACUGUUAUGCCUGGUAAUCCAGCAUAUUCUGCACCAGAAGCUCGUGAUCCUGAGCAACACAGUCCAGCAAUGGAUGUCUACAGUUACUCUGUUCUCCUUAUGGAAAUGAAUUUACAUUCUAAACCGGAAAUGACAAUUGAAGAAAGGGCACGACAGUCUGAUUCUGUAUCUUGGUCUGAUAUGAAGUCUCUCAUACAAAGAGGACUUAAAGCUGAUCCUAGAGCUCGUCCUACUAUGGCUCAAGUAGUAGAGUCAUUGGAAAGGAUAAAGAUUUGAAUUAAUAUAUUUUGUUUUGCUAGUUUAAAUUAAAAACAUUAAUUUUUUGUAGUUUUUUGCUGCCCUGCAUAUUAUCUAUCUUCUUUUUUAUUAAUCUUCAGUUCU